AUGGAGAGUCUGGGCAGCCAAGGAUGUGGUACCUGGCCCCACGUUGAAAGAGGUUGCAGCAGUGUACGAGAAAUGGGCUCUCUCUGCAGCAUGACCUGGCGUGCUGAAGAUAUUUUCUUGUACGCGUGCUGCGGAGCCAUGCACCUGGCAGGCACUCAGGUACUCGCUAUCCCAGCUUCCCCACAAGCACGCAGAACUUUCCAUCGUCUUCACUGCCCUGCGUCCGUCUCUCUGCACUGGCACCCUACGGGAACACGGGGUAUUCUGGCGAGAAUUUGGGGUCGAGGUACCCAAGAAGAUGCGAUCGAGGGACACCGAGGUGAAGCCGUGAGGGGAGAUCCGGGGACGGGAAGCUACAAGUACCUUCGUUUCAUUACAGGCAGUGUCAUGCCCGGGCGGCCGCUGUGCGUCUGGCACGCUUGCGUCAUGACGCCCGGGAAAGAGCUUGCUACGAUAGAAAACUUGAUGGGAUGGAAGGAGAUCGCGUGCACAUCGCCUCGUUCCAUGGCCGUAUUUAUAGUACCAUCUUCGUUGCCUUUCAUCUCAGGUCUGGACAUGUCGUCUGCCCCGUUCACGCAUCAACCACCAACAUCCCGACACGAGCCGACCACCAUAUCUCGGUUGGACCCCAUCCUUAUCCCGGCUAACAUUGCGCUCUAUCAAAAGUCGAAAGACGGCAACCUGUACGGAGACCCGGGGAAACAGGGGAGGAGAUACGGGGUAGGCGCACCAUCGCCACCACUCGGACGGCUUCCUCACUGCCCAAGUCCAGAUUUCGUUGAAUCGCUCUAG